UGCCAUUGUUUUGGGUCCUCCGGGCUGCACGGCAGAGUGGAGUUACCAAAUUUAGCCGAAGUGAGUGAACGAAACUGCAAAUUAAAGUUGUUUUUUGCUCGACUUGGGUUGAUGUGAGCGACUGCAAGGCAGCGACGAGCGAGCUGCCAUGACGGUGGUGAUCGGCUUCGAGGGCAGCGCCAACAAGAUCGGGAUUGGGAUUAUCAGGGAUGGAGAAGUCCUCUCCAACCCCAGGAGGACCUACAUCACACCACCGGGCCAAGGCUUCCUGCCCAGUGAGACCGCCAGACACCACCGCGCCGUGAUCCUGACCGUCCUGCAGGAGGCGCUGGAGCAGGCCGGCCUCAAGCCUGCGGACGUCGACUGCGUGGCGUACACCAAAGGGCCUGGUAUGGGGGCUCCCCUGGUGACGGUGGCUCUGGUGGCUCGGACGGUGGCUCAGCUGUGGGGGAAGCCGCUCCUCGGGGUGAACCACUGUAUCGGACACAUCGAGAUGGGCCGGCUCAUCACGCACGCCGACAACCCGACCGUGCUGUACGUCAGUGGAGGAAACACGCAGGUGAUUGCCUAUUCGGAGCGGCGGUACAGAAUAUUCGGGGAAACCAUCGACAUCGCCGUCGGAAACUGCCUGGACAGAUUUGCCAGAGUGAUCAAGAUCUCCAAUGAUCCCAGCCCGGGCUACAACAUCGAGCAGAUGGCCAAGAAGGGCAGCCAGUAUGUGGAGCUGCCGUACACAGUCAAAGGCAUGGACGUCUCGUUUUCGGGGAUUUUGUCCUACAUUGAGGAGGCGGCUCAUAAGAUGCUGGAGUCCGGGCAGUGCACAGCCGAGGACCUCUGCUUCUCCCUGCAGGAGACGCUGUUCUCCAUGCUGGUGGAGAUCACGGAGCGGGCCAUGGCUCACUGCGGCUCCCAGGAGGUCCUCAUCGUCGGCGGCGUCGGCUGUAAUCUGCGUCUGCAGGAGAUGAUGGGCGUGAUGUGCAAGGAGAGAGGAGCCAAGCUGUUCGCCACAGACGAACGAUUCUGCAUCGACAACGGAGCGAUGAUCGCACAGGCAGGCUGGGAGAUGUUUCGCUCAGGUCACGUGACGGAGCUGCCGGACUCGUGGAUCACACAGAGGUACAGGACGGACGAGGUGGAGGUGACGUGGAGAGACUGAGCGACGUGCCGGCCGACGCCUCGCAGCAGGUCUGUCGCGACUGUCGCGGCCUUCAAGGAGAACCGCACGCUCAAAGUCUCCCCGCAGAACUAGACAUUUUGUUAAAAACGCUGCGUGAGGCGAGCGAGAGAUGGCUGGAGUUUGGGAGGAAAAAAAACUGCAGGCUGCAGACGAGGAUCCCACAAAGCACAGUUAGAAAAAAAAAAAAAAAAAAACACCUGUGUGGAAAACACUGUGGUUAUGGUCAUUUGAAGCAAAAUUUCAUUGUUGGGAUUGGAGACGGUUUCAUUUUGUAACACGUUUUAUUUUGGUAACUCGCCAGCUGAAGCUCCUUGACCUCAGCGUGAGGCGGGGUGGUGGUGGUGGUGGGAGAAACAUAUUUUCCAUCUCAGGCUGAUCUGACGACGGGGAUUCAUGUGUUUGUUGGGAUGUUGAUGCUCUUUUCUGCCCAGGCACCUGUGUUUAAUUUAAGCUGAAAGUCUUGCCUAGUUAACGUUAAAUAUAAAAGGGAAACAGCUUCCAUUAUGUCUCUCACAGCCACCUUUAAUGGUAUGAAAAAAGUCAAAAAUCCUUAUCACUCUGCCCUCAGAUGUUUAAAUCUGAUGUGUUCACAUGGUAUAAUCCUGUGCUGUUACAUUGAUAUGAGCGAAAAACUCCAUGUCUGCCUUUGUUGUGUGCUUUUAAAGGAAUAUUUCAACAUUUGGGCAAAGACAAGGUUUUUGAUACCAUUCUCACCUCUGUACGUCAAGUGGUUUGAUUCCUAUGGGUAGCAGUGCUUGUUAGCUUAGCAUAAACACUUGAACUCUAUGGGAGUCGUUAGCCUGGCUCCGUCAAAGUGAA